AUGGCCUCAGUGACAAGUCUCGACAAGGACUUGCGCAACAUGCGCCUGUCCAAAUACACCCCGCAGGCGGCCAACGAAGUACGCGACUGGAUCGAAGAGGUUCUCCGUCAGAGACUGCCGGCUGGAGAUCUACUAGACGCCCUCAAAGAUGGUGUCGCGCUGUGCAAACUAGUCAACCUUGCUGUUUCGCCCGGCGUGAAAUUCAAAGAAUCGGCCAUGCCCUUCGUACAGAUGGAAAACAUCUCUCACUUUCUGCGCGCUUGUCAAACAGCACCUUUGAACCUACCCCCUCAUGACGUCUUUCUCACCGUCGACCUAUACGAACGCAAAGACCCAGCACAAGUCCUACAGUGUAUUGGAGCAUUUAGCCGCCGUGCGAAUGCAAUCCAGCCCAGCAAAUUCCCGCGUCCCAUUGGCGGAGUCAAAAGCAAAGGCAGCUUGAUGAGUCCACAAGGAACAGGACCCAAUUACGGCGUUGGUACUACCAGAUCUCGUGGAAUCAGCAAUGUGAGCCAGACGAGCUCGACCACCUUUGAUCCAACCAACAGGAACAAUACAUCGGGGCGCGUUAGCCCGCAUAAGACAGGGCACUCUCCAGCAUCGCCACCACCGACUCUCAGUAGCUGGAGUAAGAAAUCAGACGAAGGAACGACUGCUCCAGCAUGGAACAUCCACCAAUACGGAUACAUGGGUGGAGCAAGUCAAGGCAACCAAGGAGUAGCGUUUGGAGCUAGACGACAAAUUACAGCACCUAGCCCCGCCGUGCCUAGUCUUGCAGAGAAGGAGAAGAGACGCCGUGAAGCUGAACUGGAGGAAGAACGCCAACGGCAAGAAGAAGAGUUGCGUCGACAGCAAGAGGAGCAGCGCGCUCGGGAAGAAGAGGAACGUCGCUGGGCGGAAGAAACGGCACGUGUAAGAGAAAAAGAACGUCAGGAGAUUGAGAAGGAGAAGGUACGAUGGGCCGAGGAGCAGAGGAAGUGGGAGGAAGAGGAACAACGCCGGUUAAGGGAGGAGAAGGAUGCCGCGGAGAGACUAGAACAGGAGCGAGCACGCAAACGCGCGUCUAGUGAUGCGCGUCUGAACGGUCAAUUUCUCAGCCAGUACCAGGCGACGCAGAAGACGGAAGAAGAGUCAGCAGAGUCGCAACGCAUCAAGCAGUUGGAAAGAGAGCUUGAACGGGCUCGGGAACGCGAGAGACAAUACGAACAAGAAAGACUAGACCUCAAAGCGAAAGAAGCAGCACGCAAAGCUCGCUCGCGCAGCCGAAGCCGACCUAGACCCGUCCAGCCCAGCUAUGAUUUUACGUCGCAGGAAGAGGAGAGGAAACUUCUCCGAUCCGAGUGGAAGCAGCAACAGCAGAAUGUUGCUCCUGUCAUGGAGCAAGAAGAUCUUCCACCUGCACUACCUUCUCGACCAUUACCAAACCCAGUCGAGGUCGCUUCGCCGCCAUCCCGACCUCUUCCCGAUCCUUCUAAGUACAGUGGCGGUAGGGACAGCAGAGUCGACCGAUUCCUCGCCUCCAACCCGGCGCCAGUGCAAUCGCGACCUGUCGCCCAUCGCCCACAAGACUACUCCACAACAUCCGAAGUCGACGCCGAAAACGACCGCCGGAUCGCCGCACAAGAAAAGACCAAAGCCGGCGGUUGGGCCUCCAAGUCUCUUCUCGAACGCGAAAUGGAGCGCGAGCGUGAACGUCAACGGGAGUGGGAAGAAAAUCAGAAACGGACCAUUGAGGCAGCGAAGCGUGGUGUUGGGGCUGGCACAGGCAGUGCCCCUGGUCAAGGUGCGUGGGAUGUGCAUCAGUAUGGAUACAUGGGCGGCGAUAGUCAGAAUCGCGGUGGUACUGGACUUGGUGUUUCAGGGCCUAGACGGCAGAUCAUAGGACCUCGUCCUCCACCAUAA